CGUGUUGCACUGGGAGCGAUAAUUCAAAUAAAACUGAAAUUGUUUUGUAAACAAAACAAUAUCAAUGUGACGCAAAACAUUCGUAAUAACUCCGAAUCCUAUAUAUUUCUUAUGUGAAUUACAAAAUAAAAUUCUAACAUUAAAAUGGACGAUACUUUACCUGAUGACGCCUGGAAGGAUUCCUUUGACAAGCUGCUGGAUCGCAGGCCGGAGCUGCGUGAAUUAAACAUAAUCAAAAAGCAAGUGCGCGCUUCGUUCAAUAUUGACUCGAGCGUGGAGAAUAGCAAUCCUGACCUAUUACACAUAAGCGAGUCUUCAUUGCACAAUCCGAAUUUCUUAGAUGUGGGCGGCGAUCGCUUCGUGAAUUUAAAGAGGAAAAAUGGCAAUUCAAUAUCGACGCCAUGCGUUAAGCGUGUGAGCACCAAUCUUUUCCAUUGCGCACUCUCGCCCAUAACGAGCAUGAAACUCGAUGGUUUACAAACAGAGCUAGUUCCAAAAUUGUCCAAUAAUGUCAAAGCAGAAGGGCGAGCUAUCAAACACGUUUGCUUCGAAAUAAGCUCCUUGGAGAACAGUGACAUUCAGAUUGUCGAUGAUCCUAUCAAGAAUAUAGAUCCACAAGAAGAAGCAACUGGCAAACGCAGCCGUUCUUCGCUUGUCCUGCAGCCCGGAAAAUGGCGCAAGUCCUUGCACACCUGGCGUCGCACUUUCCAAACAGAUGUCGUUGCUCCAACUGUAAAAGUGUCCUCGCCCAGGAAACGUACUACUGCAGAAAUUACUCGCAUAUCGGGCAGAAAAUCCACUUACUUGAAUGAGAGCAUCAAUCUAGUAAUCAGCCAUGAGAAGGAAGUGCUCAGAUACUGUGAACAGCGAAGACCGAUACGUUUUGAUUCUGCCUAUGCGGCUGUCAAGAUGCUGGACACUUGCAAGAUUGGCGAGGGCGUCUAUGGCGAGGUCUUUAAGUAUAUGCCAAAAAGCAAUCCCUCAACUACUGUCGUCCUUAAGGUGAUACCCAUUGAAGGAGCGGAACUGGUCAAUGGUGAAGUGCAGAAGACGUACGAACAAAUAUUGCCUGAAAUUAUCAUAUCACAGGAAAUGAGCAAUCUACGCACUAAUGCCAACAAUUCAACCACUGGAUACGUAAAUAUUUACAAUGUGGCUUUGGUCAUGGGAAAAUAUCCGCAGCACUUGCUAAAACUCUGGGAAGAGUAUGACACCAAGAAAGAGUCGGAGAAUGAUCAUCCCGAAAUGUUUGGCAACAAUCAGCUGUUCAUAGUUUUGGAACUGAAUUUUGCUGGCAGUGAUAUGUCUGAAUUUACAUUUGUAAAUGCCGAGCAAUCUUAUUAUGCACUGCAGCAGAUCAUCUUCACACUUGCUGUUGGCGAAGAGGCAUUUCAAUUCGAGCAUCGCGAUUUGCACUGGGGCAACAUAUUGAUCGAGGAAACGGACAAGAAGCACAUUGAUUACAAGCUCAAUGGCAAGGAUUUAUCUCUGCCCACCAAAGGAAUACGCAUAACUAUCAUCGAUUACACUUUGUCGCGAGUAACUGUCGGCGAUUGCUGUCACUACAAUGAUUUGUCCACCGACGAGGAGCUAUUCACAGCUUCAGGAGAUUAUCAAUAUGACAUUUACUGCAUGAUGCGGGAUGAAUUAAACAACGAUUGGUCAGCAUAUGCGCCCAAGACAAAUGUAAUGUGGCUAUCAUAUGUGGUCGCCAAGCUAAUUGAUGGCGUCAAGUAUAAGAAUCCAAAAUCACAAAUACACCGAACAAAUUUGACCAAACUUAAGGCCUUUCACAAAGCUGUGCUGCGCUUCAGCAGCGCUUCAGAAUGCGCCAACAGCUUCAAUUAGAUUUACCUUCAUAUAUAUUUGUUAUAAUGAAUUAUUAGUUUCAAUUGACAAUACUUAUAUAUUUGUUAUAAUGAAUUUACUAAUUUUGUGCUAAGCAUUAAAGUAUUAUAUUUUCUAGUUCAACAAGACGAUAAUUUACUGCUUCAAACCCAGCGACUGUAAUA